UCAGUAUCAAAAUGUCUAGCCUUCAGGCAUUGAAGAGCCGUUUGCAGAAGGUGGAGGAAAUAAAAAAAGAAAACACACAAGAAGUAACAGAUCACAGCACCUGGAUAAAGAAGAUAGAUGAUCUUGGCAAUAAACCUGAUGACUGGUUGCAGUACACCAGAUUUGUCAAAGGACAGGUCCAGUUUACAGAUGAAGAGAGGAGACACUCUUAUUUGAGCAGUGUAUAUGAGAAGGCAAUGAAGGCCAUAGCUUUUGACAGCAAUAAAAAGAAUACAUCAUAUGCUCAGCUGCUUAUUGAUUAUGCAAAUCUCAAGGCUGAAUAUGACACAGAUGAAGCAGAGGCCAUGUUUAACCAUGCUAGGUACAACUUAAAAGGCAUCUCUAUAGUGCACAUAGCAGCUGCACAGUUUCAUCUCAAUCAAGGCAAUCCCCAGAAGUGCAAAAAGAUCAUCGAAAAGGCUAAAGACGUUGGUGCCCAGCCCACAGAGCUCCUGAACAUAGCUUUCAAGAACUUCACCUAUGAUAAACGUGUCUUGUUGUCAGAGCAGGACAUAGAGGAAGCAUUAGGUUAUGUUCUUGUGUCAGAUAAACUGAGAGAUCCUAAGUCGAGGCAGGACAAGGAGAAUCAGAAACCUGUAGAAUUGCUCCCUGCCAGGAAGUCUUGGCUGAGCAGUUCAGAUGUUCAGAAGCCUAAAGGACACCAGUUACCUGCAAGGCAUGCUAGUGGUGGUGGACAGACCCCAGUCACCAGUGCUUCAACCGAGUCUCAAAGUCAGCAGCAAAGAGAUGUGGUUGCUUCUGGUUCUGCAUCAAGGCAGCAGAGGCCCUCCAGCAUGGGUCAAGUAUCCAGUGGUACUGUAGCUGACCCUGCGACACCAGAAGAACGGGAAAGAAUUACCACUAAACCCCCUUCAGGAAAUAACAGGAAACUUGGUGGUCAGCCCUCUAGCUCCACACCAGAUGCCCCUCAUCCACCAGGAGAACUGUCCAUGGCAGACUGUAUGCUAACACUGAACCCUCUUGUAAUGGUGGAUAACACAGUCAGCUUCAGAAAACCUGGAUCUAUAAGGACUAGAAACUGCAGCAGCAACAGCUCUGAGGACUCUGACACUAUCCCAAUGAUUUUUGAGACCUCUAAAACUACAACCAGGCCCCAACACAAUAGCACAGCCAAUGCAGCACCCCACAGUGUGACCAAGCCUUCAUUGCGCUCUAGCACAUCUGUCACAUCUGCCACACUCAGUGCUAUCAAGCCUUCACUCAGGGCUUAUAACAGUACUCCAGAUUGCAAGUCUGCUGGACCAACCAGUUUUGGGUCUUCAGUUAGGAGAAGGCCAGAGUUUGGGCUGCCAAUGCGAGUUAAGAGAACAUCUUUGCCACAGUUGAAGGAAGCAAGGAAGGGAUUGGACGAGGAUGACGAAGAAGAAGAAGAGGAUAAUGGAGAUAUUGACAGCAGCCUUACUGGAAUCAAACCUCUUAAUUUACAGCACAUGAAUGGUUCUAUGAGUAAAGGGCAGGACACUGCUGACAGUGGCGUGUUUGAACAGUGCUCUACAGAACCCAUGGAAGUCAAUCACAUGGAACAUAAUAGCACAGAGCCCAUGGAAAUAGACAGCCCUGUGGCUAAGAAACCACUUAGGAGUUCUGUGGAAAUGCAGAAAAAUAAUACAUUAUCUUGUGCUAGCAAAACUGGGCCCAAGAAAAAUGACUCCCAAGCUAAUAGGUUACCCCAGAACUCUAAUCCACAUGGCUAUCUAGAGCCCAGGUCAGCUAGAAAAGCUCAACCACAAUCUUGCAUUCAGGACCAACUGCCAAUACAGACAGUUCCUGCAUCCUUUCCUGUGGUGCAAACACCCUCUCAGCAUGGUGUUGGAUAUGUUAUGUCCACACCAUCUGCCUAUAGUCAUCAGUUCCUUCCACAACAGCAACAACUGUACAGUAACCCAUCGUCUUACCCUCACCAGCCUGGUGCUGGCCUGGCUGCCUGUACCCCUGUGGUGAAACCCUCAGAUAUCUUGACAGUGAAUGGCCAAGUUUAUUCCAUACUGAAAGUGGUUGGGAGAGGGGGAUCAAGCAAGGUGUAUAAGGUUAUCAACAACAACAAGGACAUCUUGGCAGUGAAGUCUGUGAACUUGGAGGGUGCUGAUGACAUGACACUGGAAGGCUACAAGAAUGAGAUUACAUUACUGAAAAGGCUGCAAUACAGUGAUAAAGUUAUCAAGAUGUUUGAUUUUGAGUACAACAAGGCGGAGAACCUGCUGUAUGUGGUCAUGGAGUGUGGAGACACAGACCUGGCCACCCUGCUGAGGACCCGCAGUAAACAAGGGGGCAUCACCACUGCACUCAGGAAGUUCUACUGGGAGGAGAUGCUGCAGGCAGUCAAAGUACUGCACCAAGAAGACAUCAUUCACUCUGACCUAAAGCCAGCUAAUUUUCUGCUGGUAGAGGGCAACUUGAAGCUUAUUGACUUUGGUAUUGCCAAUGCCAUCCAACAGGAUAAGACCAGUGUUAUUCGGGAGUCACAAAUAGGGACACUGAACUUUAUGAGUCCAGAGGCCAUCUUAGACACCUGUGGUGGAAAACAAGUAGAUGAAAAUGGCAAAAUUAAGCAGAGGAUUAAAAUCGGAGUAAAAAGUGAUGUGUGGUCACUAGGCUGCAUACUGUACAACAUGACAUACAGCCGCACUCCAUUCCAACAUGUCACCAACCAGUUUGCCAAACUUCAGGCCAUAGUUAAUCCCAAAGUGGAGAUCCAGUUCCCUGAAGUAGAAGAUGCACUUCUGAUGGAUGUUUUAAAGAAAUGUCUUAUCCGUGACCCCAAAGAUCGUCCUUCAAUUGAGGAUCUGCUGGCUCAUCCUUAUCUUAGAAAAGUUGAAGAAAAUACUGUGCCAAGUUCAUGUUCACAUACUGAGGAAAGUCUACAGAGAGUAAUACUUCAGCUAUCUCAGGCCAAUGUCAACUCUCCUAGGAGUCUUAGUGCAAUAUCAAAGGGUCUACUGGCACAACUGCAGUCAGGGAAGGAACUGGAUGUGAGCAGUUUGGUAAAGAAAAAAGCUCCCCCACCAGUAUGUCCCCCAGAGCUUCACCCAGGUAGCAGGUGACCAGACCUGUGGACAUGCUGAGACAGUUAAUGACCCUACCACUACUUGUAUGUACAGAAACAGUAUCAAGUUUCUCCUGUCUCCAGAUCCAGACCCUUGUAUGCACAGGGAAUAGUGACCAAAGGACAAGACUGUCUGACAGAAACAUGGAAGAAUUGAUGCUUAUGAAACUGCUUAUGAAAAGGAUUCAGUGCAAAUAAUUGAAAUAUUAGGUACAUUAUCGUCACCUGGAAAGAUAAUGUAACCAAACACUGAUUGGAACAUUCCUGUGAAAAUGUGAAGGUACCAAUCGGGUUCAUUCCUGUCACUUUGUAUGCAGGAGUGACUGAAGUGGCCAUGUCACAAUAAUCUUGUUUCAGCAAUGAAGAGUUAGCAAAUCUUUUCCCUUUUCCCUUUUCUGCAAUUUUUUUGGCCUUGGCAUUUCCCAGUAAUGUUUAUUGACAGAAGUGUUAGUGUAUGCCCAUAUAUUUUUAGAGAAAAGUAACAUUAGGCAUGUUAUGGUUCUUAUACUUUAAAGUAGUGCACUUUUUGGCUUGAUGAUCCAUUGUUUAAAACUUAAUAUAUUGUCAAUUAGUUUGUAAAUUUAAAAAAAAUAACACUACAUCUAAAUAUUCAAAAUUGGCUGUUAAGCAUAAGUUUGCAUUUGUUCAACGGCUUAUAAAACCCCCUUUACACUGGACGGCAUCCUUUCUGUGUCCUUUGUGCAACCAUGAAACUGGCAUUGCU